AUGACGGAUCCACCGCUUUUGGAGCUGUCGGAUGUGACCUGCACGAUAGAAACAGGUCAAGUCUUGUUCGACCACCUCGACUUGGUUGUCAAUGAAGGUGACAUCGUUGUACUACAGGGCCGAAGUGGGACUGGCAAGACCACUCUGCUCAAAUGCAUCGCACACCUCAUCCUGUACGAGGGUGAAAUUCGAUACCGCGGCGAGCUCGCCCGGCAGAUGGGGAUCCCCAACUACCGCACCAGAGUGCUCUACGUCCCCCAGCGGCCGUCGCUCCUCCCAGGUGGCCCACUGACCUUUCUCAAAUCCAUCCUCUCUCUCCAAAGCCAGGCCUCUGCUCGUCCCGCACACGAACGCAAAUCUGAGAUUCGCAUGGAAACGACCCAUGGUCGUGCGCGUGAGAUAACCGAGGCCUGGGAUUUGGACUCUGAGCUUUGGGAGAGGGACUGGAGUAACUUGAGCGGUGGGGAGGCGCAGAGAAUGCUAUUGGCUAUUGCUUUGGCGUUGGAUACGGCAGAGGUCAUCUUGCUAGAUGAACCGACUUCGGCGUUGGACGAGGAGACUUCUCUUCUUGUGGAACGAUACCUCGUGGACGAGGUGGCGUCGCAGACUGGGAGUUUGAAAGCUCUGGUAUGGAUUACCCACUCGGCUGAUCAGGGUAGAAGGGUAGGGACUAGUACGACAUCCCUUGUGUGA